UCCUCGAUAAUGUACUGAGAAAACAAGUUACUAAUGGCCACCUGUUUUAUUUCCGCCUUCGUAUAAAUACAACGCCACUUUUCUAAACCAACCAGAGAAACCCAAAGCUACUAAUCCUCCGUCUUCUCUAUUUCUAGAAUUUGUAUUUUUUUUUAGAUUUUUUUGGUCAAUUUUGGCUCCUAUAAGUAUGGAUCCAUUUACACCCUCAAUUUCAAUUCUGCUUCGCGUUUGUUUUUCGGUGCAUGGAUUCUACUCUCUCCCCUAAUUUUCAUUCUUCGUCUUUGAAUUUUCCCUUUCUGCAAACUUCCGCUAAAUCCAGGACCGCCAAUUUCAAAUUCUCUUCCGUCUGUUUCACCUCUCGUAAUUCGGGUUCGGGUUCGGGUUUUGGAUCGUCCAUCACCGCCGCUAUGUCUAACGGCAACGGUAACUACAAACCGAAGAUCAUCACCGGUGAAUAUGGCUAUGUUCUUGAAGAUGUUCCUCAUUUGACCGAUUAUCUUCCUGAUCUUCCUACUUAUUCCAAUUAUUUGCAAGACAAUCCUGCUUACUCGGUUGUUAAGCAGUACUUUGUUCAUACGGAUGACUCUGUUCCUCAAAAGAUUGUUGUUCACAAGGACAGUCCAAGAGGGACACAUUUCCGGCGUGCUGGACCUCGCCAAAAGGUCUAUUUUGAUUCAGAUGAAGUUCAUGCUUGUAUUGUGACAUGUGGGGGUCUUUGCCCUGGACUUAACACUGUCAUCAGGGAAAUAGUUUGUGGCUUAUACCAUAUGUAUGGCGUUACUAGAGUGCUGGGUAUUGAGGGAGGAUACAAGGGUUUUUAUGCUCGAAAUACAAUUCCUUUGUCUCCUAAGGUUGUAAAUGAUAUUCAUAAACGUGGCGGAACCAUCAUUGGGACAUCACGGGGCGGUCAUGAUACUUCAAAGAUAGUUGAUAGCAUUCAGGAUCGGGGAAUUAAUCAGGUCUACAUAAUUGGAGGAGAUGGAACUCAGAAAGGGGCGUCAGUGAUAUUUGAGGAAAUUAGAAGACGAGGUCUCAAAGUUAUAGUUGCUGGAAUUCCCAAAACUAUUGAUAAUGACAUUCCGGUCAUUGACAAGUCCUUUGGCUUUGACACUGCUGUUGAGGAGGCUCAACGUGCUAUUAAUGCAGCCCAUGUUGAAUCCGAAAGCAUAGAGAAUGGCAUUGGUCUUGUGAAGUUAAUGGGCCGCUACAGUGGAUUUAUUGCAAUGUACGCUACUCUUGCAAGUCGAGAUGUGGAUUGUUGUUUGAUCCCAGAGUCGCCCUUUUAUCUUGACGGGGAAGGCGGACUUCUUGAAUACAUUGAGAAACGACUAAAAGAAAAUGGGCACAUGGUUAUUGUGAUAGCUGAAGGUGCUGGGCAGGAGCUUCUUUCUGAGCAAUCAACUCUGCAAGAUGCUUCAGGGAACAAGCUCCUGCAAGAUAUUGGGUUGUUUUUAUCACAGAAAAUCAAGGAUUAUUCAAAGAAAAAGAAGAUGACUAUAAAUCUUAAAUAUAUAGAUCCUACAUAUAUGAUUCGUGCUAUUCCAAGCAACGCAUCUGAUAAUGUGUACUGCACUCUUCUUGCUCAAAGUGCUGUGCAUGGAGCCAUGGCUGGUUACACUGGAUUUACUAGUGGUCUUGUCAAUGGCAGACAAACUUAUAUACCCUUCUAUCGAAUCACCGAGAAACAAAACAAGGUGGUCAUAACCGAUAGGAUGUGGGCUAGGCUUCUUUCAUCAACAAAUCAACCUAGUUUUUGGAGUCAUAAAGAUGAAAUUAUAGAGAAGAAAGAGGAGGUUUCCAAAGUUGUAGAACCGCAAGACGGGAACUGCACAGACGAUAUUGUGGCGAAGAAAGAGGAAGAAGUAGUGGUUGAAUUGAAGAAUGAACCACCGGGUUUAAAGAAAUGUGGAUCGGGCGGGCAGGAUUUAGAGAAAUGCGGCGUAUCUCAACCUGAGAUACUAACGAGAAGUGUGUCCGAUACUGGUUUAGUUGAGAAAUGCAAAUCCAGAAAAGAGCAGACAAAUAAAAAAAGAUGGCUCAAUUUCAACUUGACACUAUGCUGCCAUGAUCCUGUUCAAAGGCAUGCAUAUCAGAAUUCCAAGGAACAAGGUAACCACGCUUGGAAGAAAAACAACACAAAAAAGAUCCAGCCGAAGGAAUAACGUUUGUUAAUUAAAUCAUCGAUCGUCAGGGGAGAGCGUUUGUGGGAGGAAUUAAACCCACGACCUAGCAGAGUGCUGAUUGGUGCUUAUACCAUUUACUAAAAUUGAUAGGUAAUUUUCUUUUACUGAUUCUAAUUGCAGAAAUUAUUUGCUUCUGUAAAUUA